GCUAGGCGUGAUUUGCAUAUUUCAUCCAUCGUUGCACAGUUUUGCUGAAAAUGUCUGUGCGAUUUGUGCUGCCGAAUUCGUUGAGCAAUAGAAUUGUGCGCAAUUUCUACGCCAGACAUGGUGGCAACCUCAGGUCGAACUGCCGAAAAUUGUCAACAAACGCACGAGAAUUCCCACUGGAAGGGGUGAAGAUCCUUGAUCUUACACGCAUCGUCGCCGGACCGUACUGCACCAUGGUGCUCGGUGAUCUUGGCGCAGAAGUUUACAAGAUCGAACGCCCAUACGCAGGAGACGAAUCGCGCAAGUGGGGUCCCCCCUUCAUGCCCAACUCGACCGACUCGGUUUACUUUAUGGCGGCCAAUCGCAACAAGAAAAGUGUUUGCGUGAACUUGAAGACUGGCCGGGAGGUGAUCUACGAGCUGGCGCAAAAGUGUGAUGUGUUGGUGGAGAACUACGUGCCUGGGAAGUUGGACGGAUUAGGAUUGGGCUACGAGACACUGAAAACCAUUGCUCCGUCCCUGGUGUACUGCUCCAUUACGGGGUUCGGUUCGGAAGGGCCGUACCGUAGUAAGCCUGGGUACGAUGUCAUUGCUGCAUCCAUGGGAGGACUUCUUCAUAUCACUGGCAGCGAGGAUGGACCGCCGGCGAAGGUGGGGAUUGCGAUCACGGACAUUGCAACCGGACUCUACGCACAUGGUGCAAUCCUUGCAGCCCUUUUGCAGCGUUAUCGCACCGGCCGUGGGCAGAAAAUCGACGUGAACCUCUUCUCGACACAGGUCGCUUGUCUUAUCAAUGUCGCGAGCAAUUAUUUAAACGCCAACAAGGAAGCGAAACGCUGGGGAACGGCCCACGAAAGCAUAGUACCGUAUGAAGCGUUCGAAACCCAGACGGGCUACAUCACACUUGGUUGUGGAAGUGAUGCUCAGUUCGUUUCUCUUUGUCAGUUGUUGGGAGUAGAAGAGUUGGCCCAGGAUGUCCGUUUUGUUAACAACCGGACACGGGUAGACCAUCGAAAUGAAUUAAUCACGAUUCUUUCCGCGAUUCUGAAGCGUAAAACCUCAUCGGAGUGGAUGGAGGUUUUCAAGGAAGCAUCUUUCCCCGUUGGUCCAAUCAAUAGCAUGCGAGAAGUGUUUCAAGAUAGCCAUAUCAAAGCGAUAGGAUUGGUUAAAACGCUUCCCCAUUCGACGGCCGGAGAGGUGAAACUUGUCGGUCCGCCGGUUGUGUACAGCGAGGCACGGAAUGAAGUAACUUCUCCUCCUCCGCAGUUGGGGCAGCACACAAAUGAUGUGCUUCGCGAUCUGCUUGGGUACGAGGAGGAGAAGAUAAAUCGCUUGAGGAAAGAGAAUAUUAUACAAUAA